AUGGCGUUACCGGUCGUUGACACAGACUACCUGAAAGAGAUCGACAAAGCACGUCGCGAUCUCCGUUCUCUCAUCGCUUACAAAAACUGCGCUCCUAUCAUGCUCCGCUUAGCGUGGCACGAUGCAGGAACCUAUGAUAAGAACACGAAAACUGGAGGAGCUAAUGGUUCGAUAAGGAAUGAGGAAGAGUACUCUCAUGGUUCUAAUAGUGGCUUGAAAAUCGCUAUCGAUUUUUGCGAGGAAGUGAAGGCGAAACACCCGAAGAUUACUUAUGCAGAUUUAUACCAGCUUUCAGGUGUUGUUGCAGUGGAGGUCACUGGAGGUCCAACCAUUGAUUUUGUUCCUGGUAGAAAGGAUUCAAACAUUUGUCCCAAGGAAGGGCGGCUUCCAAAUGCCAAACUAGGUUCACCACAUUUGAGGGACAUCUUUUAUCGGAUGGGUCUAUCUGAUAAAGAUAUCGUGGCUCUUUCUGGAGGUCAUACUCUGGGAAGGGCACAUCCAGAGAGAUCGGGUUUUGAUGGCCCUUGGACUGAGGAACCUCUAAAGUUUGAUAACUCGUACUUUGUGGAACUAAUGAAAGGGGAGACAGAGGGGUUAUUGAAACUUCCAACAGACACUGCUCUAUUGGAUGACCCUGCCUUCCGUCCUUAUGUUGAGCUGUAUGCUAAGGACGAAGAAGCAUUCUUUAGAGACUACGCAGCUUCGCAUAAGAAGCUUUCAGAACUGGGGUUCACUCCAAAGUCCUCUGGAUUCAAGGUCAAGGAUAGCACUGUAAUGGCACAAAGUGCAGUUGGAGUAGCAGUUGCUGCGGCUGUUGUGAUCCUUAGCUAUUUAUAUGAAGUUCGCAAGAAAAUGAAGUAG